CUCAAUAAUCCAGUUCAUUCUCUUGCCUUCAUCAUUUCCAUUUUUCCCAUUUAGUUUUAUUUUGGCAGGACUCACUAUAUAUAAGCAGUUCACUUGUCUCUCCCUCUCUCUAGAUCACUAUCUCUCCUUUUAGCUCAUUCACCACAAACUCACAAUCAAAUAAAAAAUAGAGACCGGCCUCCAUCUGAGUCAGAAGAAGCUCUAUAUCUCCUCCUCUCCAUCUUUCUUUCUUCCCGCAAAAGCAGACAUGGACGAGAAGUGGAAGCUGUCCAAAAAGGAUGCAUCAGCUGCAUCGUGCUCAUCUUCUAGUUCCUCUAAAUCUAAGUUCUCUAGAAGCUACUCAACAAGCGCUUCCUCCACAAAGGCUCCUGCCUUCGUACGAAGCUCAUCUACUAAAUGCUCAGUGCCUUCCUCCAUCUCCAGGAGCUCCUCAAAGAAAGAGAAAGGAUCAUCAUCGUCUUCCAUUACCCAAAAGUACAGUAGCUUGGCCAAAGAACAAAAGGGAAGGUUUUACAUCAUGAGAAGGUGUGUGGCUAUGCUUGUAUGUUGGCAUAAACAUGAUUCUUAGCUUAGAUCUCAUGCAUUUAUAUUCUUUUUGUUUUCUACUAUUAGAUCAGUUUGAUUCUCUACUCUAGGUUGCUACAAGUUUCUAUACUAGUACAUUGUAAGAAAGAGAUUCUUUUGAUAAUAUAUUAUAACUAUUAUUAAUAA